AUGCUACGCAAGUCUACUGGCACUAUAAACCCCUGCGUAGGCCACCGUCCCUGCUCCACAAAGCAGUCUGUGGGGCACACGGUAGACAUAGUCAAAAUCGACGAUCGAACAACAACAACAACAACAACCAUACUCAUUCCCUCAUCCUACCUCUUCUUCCUCUUCCUCUGCCUAUGUUUCUACCUAUUCUUCUCCUUCGCCAUCUUCUCCACCUCCUUCCCGUCGCCCCACUCGUUGUCACCAGACUGGCAGGGUAAGCCCGCUCACUCUGGCAGCCUGGAAUGUUCUUUCCCUUUUAGACAAUACGAGGAGCAACCGACCGGAACGGAGGACGGCGCUAGCGGCCCGCGUACUGGCGCCCUACAGCGUGGACAUCGCCGCACUCAGCGGAACCCGAUUCUCCGAAGAAGGCCAAAUGGAGAGGUGGAUGCCGGUUACACCUUCGUCUGGAGCGGUCGGCCCAGGGCAGAGCGACGAGACGCGGGUGUCGCCUUCGCCAUUCGGAACGACAUCGUGGGACGACUACCCUGUUUGCCGCAGGACAUCAACGAUCGCCUCAUGAGCCUCCGUCUGCCUCUCCGGCGUGUAGGGGGCCAAUUCGACACCAUCAUCAGUGCCUACGCUCCGCCGAUGACCAGUCCCGAGGCCGCCGCCAGAGACAAAUUCUACGGGGACCUGCACGCCCUCUUGGCGACUGUGUCGAAGGCGGACAAGUUGAUUGUCCUUGGUGACUUCUACGCCCGCUCAGCACAGAACGCACUGCCCGGAGAGGAGUGCUGA